AUGCCGUCCGUCAAGAACCCCAACGGGCCCUCCAAGAACCGCCUCGCCGCCCGCCGCGCCUCAGUCAAGAAGGAUCGUCAAAAGAAGUCCGCCGCCGGCAAGUCGACCAUCACAAAGGCGCAGACCAAGCGCGGCGCUCGCCCAGGCAUUCUUCCUACCAGCGGUCCCGGAAGGGCGCUCAGCGCCAAGAAGCAGAAGAAGUUGCAGCGGCAAAUAGGGUAUGCCCUGAAGCGCAAGACGGAAGCCGACGGCGAGGUUGAGAUGAAGGAUGCCACUGAAUCAAAGGACGGAAAGAAGGGUGUGACUACAGCAGAAGAGAAAAUGGAGGUGGAUGACGACAUUUCCUGA